AUGAAAGUUACCGAAAGCUUAUACUCAAAGCCUGCAAAGAGUCAGGUAUCGAUUACACACUAUGGCACGUAUUUUUUAAAGCGAAGAAAAAAAGCUAGCAUGAUGCAUUUCGCAAAAAUACUGGCCGUGCUGACGGGCUGCGCUAGCUUCUGUGCGGCAUUCGAAUACUACACUUUCGAUGGCGAGGGCUUUCCGUCGUGCCACAACGUUACAGAGGUUCGUGAUGCCUGUUCUGUCGCCGAGGUACAGACUCUAGUCAAGAAUGCCGCCGCUGGAGGAGGCGUGCAGUUGAGAGCCGGAGGGAAGGGUCACAUGUGGUACGAUACUCAGUGCUCUGACGAUGCCACGAUGAUUAUUCGCACCGAAUAUCUCAACAGAAUUUCCGACUUUUCGCUCGAGAAGGGUGCGAGCGAGGGCACGGUUAUCAUUGAGGGCGGCGUGACCUUUUUCCAGCUCGCAGAAUACUUGCAUGUGCGCGGUGCCAAUAUCGGCACUGGGCUGGUGAAUUGGAACAUCUCGGUCGGCGGCAGCGUGGCCAUGGGUGCGCAUAGAACCUCGAUCCGCGAGGAUGCUGCAGUCGUCGGCGGCGUGCUGGCCAUGGAUAUUGUGGACGGUUCUGGCGAGGUGCGCCACAUUGAAAAGAACGAGGACGACGAUACAUGGCUGGCGGCGUCAACGUCAUUAGGUUUGCUAGGCGUCAUCGUGAGAUUGAAGAUGAAAAUAUACCCGGAGACCAAGGUAUACGCUAUGCAGAAGACUCUCGACGAAAAAGAUGUACUUGACGGCGAUAUUUAUGGCAUGAUUUCCCCAUACAUGACAGCCAACUUCUGGUGGUGGCCGUACAAGCGCAAGUUUCACUGGCGCUAUUACGACGUCAUCCCCGACAACACAUCCUCCCAGAACGGCUUCCAGUCCACCUUUUCCAUCACGGCCCUCGAGGCGACUGCCGCUCACAUCCUCCUCGAUAGCGGCAAGUACGUCCAAUCGUCCAACUGGAUUGCCGAAGCCACCUUUUUCGAUAUCUGGGACAAGCCCAACUUCCACGACAAGGUGACCGACGCAGCCGUCACCGAAUGGCCCGUCUACGGAUCCAACUACGACAUGCUCAUCGGCGGGCUCUACCCGAAUCAGAAACCCGAGUGGGACUAUGGCUUGCGAGGUUACACGCUUGAGCUUGCGUUUCCCGUCACGCGUGCCAAUGAGAUGCUGAAGCGUGUGCGAGAGCUCUUUGACGAGGAGGAGAAGAAGCUGAUCUGGAUGACGGCCACGUACAGGAGCGGCAUCAACAUCAAAUUUGGCAAGGCCAAUUUUGACUUUCUGGGCCAGGUCACGACAGGCACAAAAGAUGGCCAGGACUGGAGUAAGGGUGCCAUUAUGUUUGACUUCCCGACGUAUCGCCCUGCGGUUGGCGACCACAAGCGGUUCAAUGAAGAUUUUUACAUUCGACUUGCCAGCACUCUCAUCGAUGAAUUUCCAUGUCGCCCACAUUGGACUAAAAACACACGCGACGUUUUGAGGCGUGCCGUUAAAAACUUGGACAAAUCGUUCCUUGCCCGCUUCAAGGCUGUCAAGGACGAAUUCGACCCGAAGGGUCUGUAUCGCAGCGUUGUUGGCGAGAUUCUCGGCAUGUACAACUAA